AUGCCAUACCGCUGCUUUGCCGUUCUCACCAAGACCUUCGGCCCUAUCAUGACUCUGCGCCUUAGCCAAGUUACCAAUAUAGUCGUCACAUCUCCUGAGAUUGCACGCGAGGUCUUUCAAAAGAAUGACCUCAUAUUCUCAAGCCGCUCUGUUCCUGAUGCAAUCCGUGCUCUUAGCAUUCACGAGAAGUCUUUAGUACGGUUACCAGGGAACCAAAGAUGGAGGAAUCUUCACAAGAUUUGCACCACCGGGCUUUUCACUUCCCGGAGUCUCAACAGCACCAAGAGCCUCCGGAGCCAGAAGGUCCGUGAAUUGAUCGCUUAUGUGUCCGAGUGUUGUGCCUCUCAGACGGCGGUAGACGUCCGAUAUGUCUCAUCCACCACCAUCCUUAACCUGUUGUCUAACACCCUAUUCUCUGCUGAUUUUGCAACCUUGAGCUCAGAGUCAAAGCUGGAGUUUGUAAUUUUAACGUAG